GAGAUAAGAUAAUGGCCAAUACCAAUGCCAGUUUGAUUGGCCGAGAGCUUCCAUUCAGACUGGCGAUCCGCUGGAUUCCCCGAAACCGUCAAAAAAUUAAUUCGUAGCAGUUCGCAACUCGUUCGCGAUAGCCUCACACCAGAAAGCAGCGACGGCUGCUUUCGACGUGCCGAUACCCCGACACGUCUACGCCGCAAAACCGUCGACGAGCAGGGCGAUUCGCCAGCUAGGAGAGAACGUAUACGCAAGAAAGCGCCAACGGGCCUCCCUCCCCGAUAUCCUCUAGAAUGGCUUCACCCCGCCUCGCCCGCCCGCCCACAUGUCUCAGCUGCCUGCGGCGCCUCGCCCGGCCCACGCCAUCCUCAUCUACGACGACGACGACGACGACGACGACGACGACGACGAUGCGAGUCUCGCCCCUAUCACUAACGCAGACCCGCGGCGUCAGGAUGAGCAAGGCCGAGGACGAAGACCUGCAGGGCAUCCCCGUGCGCCUGCUCAAGGAUAUCCACGGAUUUGGUCGCAAAGAUGCCAUCAUCCGCGUGCGGCCAGGCCGCAUGCGCAACGACUGGUUCCCCCGCGCGGAGGCCGAGUACAUGACGCGGCGGCGCUUCGAAGAGCUCGGCCUGACCGAGGCCGCCAUCGGGCGCCGCGACCGCACCUUCGGCGCGAAGCUGGACGUCCCCGAGGGCGAGGCCGCCGACGCCAAAGCCAGCCGCACGGCGAAGUCUGAGGCCGAGGCGCCCAAGAAGCCCAAGAGGGACCCCCUGCUGCUAUCGCCCGAGGACACGCUGCAACUGCUGCAAACGCACCUCCCGGAGCUCCUGAUCUUCACGCGGAAGCCGAUCCCGAGCGUCGCCGACUUCUCGUUCGCGGCGCCGGCGGCGCCGGCAGCAGCCGCGACGCCCCGGUCGCCGGCGCUCGCGGCGGGCGCGGUAUCGUCGAUGGACGCGCCGGCGGCGUCGUCGCCGUCGGGCGAGGCGCCGGGGGCCAUCGUGCCGAUCUACGGGUCGGUGUCGGCGGCGGACGUGCUGGCGCUCGCGCGCGAGCACGUCCUCGAGCGCGACCCGGUCCGCGGCCCGCGCCUCGCGCUCCCCGACGCCGUCGACGCCGUCGCCAUCCGCGGCCUCCCCGCCGAGGGCCGCAUCAAGCGCCUCGGCGACUUCCCCGUCCGCAUCAGCGUCGCCCGCGACCUCGACCCCGUCGACCGCGUCGUCCGCGUCGUCGCCGAGGACGCCUAG